GAUCAUCAGUUUGUUGAACGUUUGGUGUCUAAACUUACUAAAGGUGUUCAUGAAAAGUGUUCAGCGACCAAAUAUUCGGUAAUAUUCUUUCAGUUAGGUUCAACAAUGUCUCUAAGUGCUGUUCACGGGACACUGUCAAGUCUGAGGUCGUGCCAAAAUGACAUAAAGACAACGAUGGAUAUUGUGACAGAUGUGGCGAUGGACCUGGCUGAAACACACGAUGAUGUAGAAGGAAACGAUAGAUUUAAGGAGCUGCAGGACACGAUACUUGAAUGUGCAAAACUGGACAGAGACAUCAACCACUUUGUAGACAUCGUGCAACAAGUCACUUCUGAUGUGACAUCCCAGGAGCCAGAGAACAUGUUCUCCUUGUCUGAAGAUGUGAAAAGGCAGUUUGAGAUUAAAUUGUCUCAACUUUCUGAUGCUGAGUUGCACAACCAUCAGAAAGUCAUCGCCUUCAAAUACAGCAUCAAGAACUGUCAAGACCAAGCUGGACAAGAGCCAGCAGAAAGAUUAGAGGAGCUCGAUGAAGAUAUUGCCGUAACCCAAAGUCAAGUGAAUUUCACCUGUCCUCUCACAACGGUUGAGAUGGUAAAUCCUGUUAAAAAUAAGAAGUGUAAUCACCACUAUGAUGAAGAGGCCAUUGUCAACCUCAUCAGAAACAGAUAUUCCCAAAGAAAAAAAUGCCGGUGUCCUGUGGUUGGCUGUGCUAACUCGGAUGUGAAAGAGUCAGAUCUGGUUCUAGACCAAGUUCUUAGGAGAAGAAUCCAGAGCCAGAAGAGAAACAGCAAGAUGUAGUUCUUUACAUUCCCACUGGCACUACAAUUCAUUAUUGGUAAUUAUUUAAUAGUAGCCUGUUCCAGGGUGUACAGUUGUCUAGUUUGCUAGUUUUAAUAUUUUGUUAUGAAUAAAAACAUUUGUGGAGAUGCUGAAAUUAAUUUAAAGGAAUCCAUAAAUUCAUAAUAUACUGCAGUGUGUUGAGACAACCACAAGGGGGAGGCCUUUCCAUAGUGGCAGCAGUACCUGAGCCCAUUGACCCAGACGUGUUCUGUUUUAGGUAUUCUGUUAAUUAAAUAAAGCUUUUUCAACACUCUGAACAUGUUUUUUGUCCUACAUGGACCAGAAACCAAACCAAACUAGGCUGAGAAAAAGACUAAACACUAGAUUGAGAGCAUCUCCUGGAAUGUACUCUGAGUGAUUAAAUCUCCCCUUCCUUCCUGCCCCUGCCUCUGUGAGAGGCCUUUGUUUGAAAAAGAAACAAACAAAAGCUGUGUUGAGAUGAAACUAGGUGAAGCUAAGCUUUUAAUAACUGAGUAUUAGGCAUUUUUCAAAUGUUGUAUUAUCCCCCCC